AUGCUGCUCUCGCUGCGGCUUCAGCACCAUGUUGGCUGGGACAGCUCCCAGGCGCGGGCCCGUCUCUCUCCGAGACCUGAAGAUGAGGAUGAGCCAUUCAUUGUGGAGGACACAUGUCUUUUGAACACAGAGAACAUUGAUGCCCACUCAUGUGAAACCUUGUCUCUGGCCAGCUCUGACAGUGGAGACCGCACACAUUUAAAGAGGAGGACGAAACCAGUGGAAACUAAUGCUACAGUACAUGGAUCUGUUCUUAGACGCAAUGUGCUGAAAGGCAUCUCAGCUCAGAUGGUAUCAGCUGCGGAUAAAGUUGAUGCUGGCUUGCCAACGGCAAUAGUGAUGCUUUUGUAUUUGCAAACUGUUUCAAAUGUGAUCGCUGUAGGGACGUCACAUGGCCUGGCCUUAGUAUUUGGUAAGGAUUACCAGAGGGCUCUGCGUCUCUGUCUGGGCACCACAGCUACAGGAGCAGAGUAUGGGGAGGUGUCAGCUCUCAGUAUUAAUCAGGAUGGCACAUGACUGCUUUGUGGCUUUGCCAAAGGACAGAUCACCAUGUGGGAUCUGGCCAAUGUUAAACUGCUUCUUACUAUCAUUGACGCCCAUCCACCUGGCACUGCCAUACUACAUAUAAAGGUUAUGCACUGUACUUAUGUUUCUGUGUGUAAUGAGAGUGGCAGAUCUGUGUUUGAGAUGUCAUUCAGGAGGGUAAUGGGGAUGAGGACAUGUGAAUCCAGGUGUUUAUUCAGUGGUUCUAAAGAUGAGGUUUGCUGUGUUGAGCCUCUACAUGCUUGACUUGAACUGAAAGAUCAUCCCAUUACCCAGUACUCCCUGCUGGCCAUGGCCUCACUCACCAAGGUUAAAAAGGAUGAGUCUGGCACCAUCCAUGUCAUCAAACAGAGACAGCUUCAACUCAACUGUGACCUCAUCAGUCUGAGUUCUGUGCACAUCAUGACCCUGAGGAACUGGCGUGAGUGUGUGGACCAUCUGUUGAAGCAGGAGAAGUUCAUGGAGGCUCUGUCUCUUGCUUGGUCCUUCCAAGAGGGCACCGCCAAAGCUGUGCUAGGACUAUUUGCAGACCCUGCUAAGAGAAAAGGUGUGGUUGCAGACAAGAUUGUGGAAGUUUUGUUACGGUAUGUGGAUCGGUCUCUGAAAAAUUGUCCCGAACAAGGGAAAAUCCAGGUGAUGGAGCACCAUCUGCAAGGCAUGGAUCCUGUCAUAGUGGAUUAUUGUGUGGGUUUACAGCAACAGGACCUGCUAUUUAACCAGAUCUACCCUCGUCUGGUGGAGAACUCUGUGGCCAGGGGUGUGUUUCUGGAGAGUCUGGAGCCUUACAUUCUAAGCGAGAGGAUAGUUUGUCUGACUGCAACUGUCAUGAGAGACCUCAUCAGCUACUUCCAGGAGAAUGGCAUAAUGGAUAGUGUGGAGGGAUGCCUGGUCCAUAUGGACACCUCCAAUCUGGACAUACAACAGCAUAUGUUUACUGGAUGUUUGUUGGUGGUGCAGAUGUGCUGGGAUAACCAGCUGUUGGAUGCUAUGAUCUACGUCUUCAACAGUCGCAUGAAUGACUACAUCAGCACCAUGGAGAAACUCUUUCAGGCAAUUGGUCUCACAGAUGAGCAUGUUGUGAUGGGAAAUAAACUGCUUGUGUACAUCAGCUGUUGUUUGGCAGGACGGGCCUAACCGUUAGGUGACAUUCCUGGAGAUCUGGUCCCUCAGGUGAAAAACCAGGUGUUUGAGUUUUUAAUUCGUCUGAACUCGGUAGAGGCUGCUCAGGAAGAGGAAGUGUAUCCAUACAUUCGAACUCUUCCGCACUUCGACACUCGAGAGUUCCUCAACGUCCUGGCACUGACAUAAGAGGACAUCAAGAAUGACAAACAGGCUCUGGAGUAUCAGCAACGGAUUGUGGACAUUUUAAUGAAGAUAACAGUUAUGGUGGACAAUUCUGACUUCACCCCUUCUCAGGUCGGCUGUCUUUUUACCUUCCUUGCAAGACAACUUGCCAAACCUGACAAUACCCUCUUUGUUAACCGGAAGCUGUUUGACCAGGUUCUAGAGUUUCUGUGUAGUCCAGAUGAUGACUCUAGACAUACUGAAAGACAGCAGGUUCUGCUGGAGCUGCUGCAGGUUGGUGGUGUGGUCCAGUUUGAUGAGGGGCGUCUCCUUGACCUUGCACAGAAGGCCGAAUUUUAUCAGAUCUGUGAGUUUAUGUAUGACAAAAAACACUUAUACGACAAAAUUGUUGACUGCUACCUGAAAGACCCUUUGAGAAAGGAGGAGCUCUUCAACUACAUCAAUAACAUCCUGUCCAUGCCAGGUUACAGCUCAGAGGAGAAACAGUUAGUGUGGGUCAGAGCCCUUCAGCACAUCAAGGAUCUGGUCAGCAUUAACUCAGCUAAGACAGCAGAACUAGUGUCAGUGCACUUUGCAGAUAAGGUGCAGUCUGUCCUCACAUCUCUGCAGGAUGACUAUUCGGCGAACCAGUUUCUGAAGUGCCUCCUGAACCCCAGCUCCAGAGAGAGUCUGAAUCCUCAGACUGUCUUGAAGUUGGGUCCAGAUCUUCAUGAGCUCUUAGUGGACCUGUUGUGUCAGUUCAGUCCUCAGCAGGUCACCGCAUUCCUUAAGACCUCUCAGGACUACCGACUGGAAGAGGCCAUUCAGAUCACAGAGAAACACAAGCUGCAUGAGGCCACAGCCUACCUGCUGGAGAAGAAGGGAGAUGUGCAGGGAGCUUUUGAAGUGCUGCUACAGACCUUGAAGGGCGAACUCCACAAACUUGCACUGGAAGGCUCAGAGGCAGACAAGCUUGAUGGUGAGGAGGAGGAGACAGGUGAUGAAGUGCCAGGUCUGUUACAAAGAGUGGAAGAAGCUCUGCAUGACAUCAUUGCUUUGUGUCUCAACCAGCUGCAGAGAGAGGCUCUGUGGUUUCCUCUCCUCGAGGCGAUGAUGUCACCACAGAAACUACUCAAAGGAGCCGACACCAAACACACUUCAGGGGCAUUAAAAGAGCUCACUAUGAAAGUCUUAAACAGCAUGUCCAGUUUUAUCACCCUACCUGCCAUCAUUUAGCGCAUCCUACUGGACCCUGUGUAUGGGAAAGGAAAGCUGGCUGAGAUUCAGGGACUUAUUUUAGGGAUGCUAGAAACCUUCAACUAUGAACAGAAAUUGUUGGAGACCACCACAAAUCUGUUGAACUCAGAUCUUCACUGGUCUCUGUCACACCUGCGUAAGGUGGUCAGUAAAGGGCUUCGGCCAAGACAGGAUCACUGCAACAUCUGCUUACAGAAAUACAAGAGAUGCCAGGUGAGCAAAGAGGAGAUCAUUAUCUAUAGCUGUGGACACCUGUAUUACUGCCAGUGUCUUCAGCGUAAAGAGGUGGGUGUUUUGAGCGAGAGGCAGUACUCGUGGAGCUGCUACAAAUGCACAUCCAACCAGGGCUCACAGCCAGCGGACAGCCCCAGUGCAGAGAGCUCUCGAUCGCGCUCUGCUUCUCUGGCACAGACCAAAGUGAUGUCUGCUCAUCAUGGGAUUGUGGCAGAGGCUCAUGGGAGAAAGAUGUUGACUGAAGUCACUCUGGAAGCCCAGCAGACUCAGGCCUGGGAUCAUUUCCGUACUCUCUACAGAGGACCAUCAAGGCUUGAUUUUCUGACAGAACUCACUCAUUCUCAUGGAAAUGAGAGGGCCGGUCUGUCGAACCCUGUCCAUCCAGUAACAGGAGGUAUUUAUCACAGCGUGAAUUUCCAGUUAAAGCUUUCUCCUCGGCCACUAGUGGAGGAGUAGAUGACUCCGCCCAAUGUUACAAAUUAUAAUAAAGCACUA